AUGCUCCGGCUGCUGAGCGCCCUCCUGCUGGUGGCCCUUGCCUCGGGCUCUGCCCUACCUUUUUAUAACCCCUCCAGCCGCGUGGUCAAUGGCGAAGAUGCAGAACCCCACAGCUGGCCCUGGCAGGUCCUCUUGCUGAUUGAGCAGGGUGAUUGGCUGUACAUAUACUGUGGCGGGACCCUCAUCAAACCUAACUGGGUUCUGACGGCCGCCCACUGCAUCUCGAACGAGAAAUACUGGGUUGCGUUGGGCGAGCACGAUAUAACUAUCUCCGAGGGACCCGAGCAGUUCAUCCCCGUGGAGAAGAUCUACGUGCACCCACUUUACAACAACGAUGAUGCCUCCCAAGGCUAUGACAUCGCCCUCCUGAAGCUGUCGUACAAAGCUGAGUUGACAGAUGAAGUCAAACUCGCCUGCCUCCCUCCUGCUGGCUACAUCUUGCCCCACGGGACGAAAUGCUACGUCACUGGCUGGGGCAAUCUCAACACUGAUGGGCCAACCCCGGACAAGCUACAGCAGGGGCUGCUGCCCGUGGUGGACUAUGCACACUGCUCCCAGCCGGACUGGUGGGGCUCGGCUGUGAAGGAGAUCCAUGUGUGUGCCGGCGGUGCCAACGUCGCUGGCUGCUACGGUGACUCUGGGGGACCCCUCAACUGCCCUGGAGUGAAGUGUAAAUGGGAGGUCAAUGGUGUGGUCAGCUUUGGUCCUGAAUACUGCAACACCCCUAAGAAGCCCACGGUGUUCACCCGAGUGUCGGCCUUCAUUGACUGGAUUGAGGCGAAAAUUGGUAGCAGCCUCAAGUGCUCGUGCUGA